AUGCGAGCGUGCCACGUUCAAUUACUCCUUGCAGCAGCCGCGAUCACGCAUGCUACCAAAGCCAAGACAACCACUUCCGUUGCUGUGAGUACGACUAAUUCCACUACCGAGUCAAGCACUACUGCAGGUAGAGACAAAGGUGACGGGAUGAUGAAUGUGAAUGUUUUGGUAAACGAGGUUCUUGCCGAAGAGAAGACAACAGUUUUCGCCGCUGGGAGUCCGAAAUCCUCCGAAGAUUCAACCUAUACUGCGGAUAGAGACGACAGUGAAAGGGCGGGGAAAUUUGGCGAGGGCUUUGGCGAAGGCCUCAGUGAAAUGGUCGGAAAGCUAAAGGAUGCAGUAAUUCCCAAGAUGGACAAACUCUUUACGAAAACAGAACCUAAGGAGUAUCAAGCGCUUUUGAAACUGGCCGCGAAGCAUUCUGGAGAUCCAGCGUCAGCGAUGGUUGUUUUGAAGAAGAAAUAUAAUGAUAAACGUAUUGCAGAACUCAUCGUUGAUGCGAAGAUGGACCCAACACAUAACGGCGCCGCUUUGAAAUUGGAGGAAGCACAAAUGGAAUAUUGGCUGAACAAUCAUCUUUCUGCUGGUGGAGGGUUCGAGCUACUGGGACUGAAUGAGGCUGAAGUUCGAGAUCGAGUGCGGACAGCGGAGGAAGAAGUAAAGCUAAAGGAAUUGGAGCAAGAAAUGAACAAAAAGACAGAGGAUGACUAG